UAUCCUUUUUUUUCGACCAGCAUAAAUACAGUCAUUAUAAAAUGUGAUGUAACACACACAUACACAAAAAGUUAACAUAAACUCACCGGCAAAACCCGCCGCCGGUGGAAUCCAACAGCAGCCAACAAAAAAUUUCAUCUUUUCAUUCAAAUUCUGAUUUUUAAUAUUUUUUAUUGGAAAUUCAGAUACCCAAUUGAGAAAAGUGAAAAACUUUGAAGAAAUUUUGAAGAAAAAACCAAACCCACUUAGCCAAAAAAAACUGUUCCGGUUAUUAUGAAGAAGUAGUUGUCAUCGGAAUUGAAGCAAAACGACGCCGGAAAAUGUUGUUUUGUGGAAAGGGUUCAAGAAACGGCGUCGUUUUGGGAUCUGUGCCGGUGUACCUUAACGUGUACGAUCUGACACAAUUCAACGGUUACGCUUACUGGUUUGGUCUUGGAGUUUAUCAUUCCGGUGUUCAAGUUCAUGAUGUUGAAUAUGCAUUUGGGGCACAUGAGCAUGCAUCAACUGGAAUAUUUGAAGGAGAACCAAAGAAAUGUGAAGGGUUCAGAUAUAGGAAAACAAUAUUAAUUGGAAAAACAGAUAAAGAUAUUGAUGAAGUGAGAGAUUUGAUGAUUGAACUUGCUGCUGAGUACAAAGGAAAUGCUUACAAUCUCAUUACAAAAAAUUGUAAUCAUUUUUGUAAUGAUGCUUGUCUUAGGCUCACUGGAAAUUCUAUACCUAGUUGGGUUAAUCGUCUUGCUAGAAUUGGUUUUAUUUGCAAUUGUGUUUUACCCGUGACAUUGAAUUCAACCAAAGUUAGACAUCAUCAUAGAAUAGAAGACAAACAAUGUGAACAUGUGAAACAUUCAAAACAAACAACAAGUGAACAACCAAACAAGGUUACUAUUUCAAAUUCAACACCUUCAACAACAUCAUCACCGGCUUCAACUAGUUCUGGAUUAAGAAGGGGAAGGAGUAGAACUAGACGUCGUCUUCCUCCCCCUUCACCAUUGAUUAAUUGUUCCCCGUCAUCUUGAUGUCUAAAAUUUGAAUUUUAUUUUUAUUUUUAUUUUUUCCAAUUUUAUUUUACAAAAAUUGCUAUCUAAUAAACAAAUUAGAAAGGCAAUGGAUUUGAUUUUUAAUUUGAAAUUGUUAUUAUUUAUUCUUUA